AUGGCCGAAAUGACUAAUGGGGGUAGUUCACCAGAAUUUAAAAACAGGAGCAGUUACGGAAAAGAGGAAGUUCUAAUCACAAUAACUGAUGUAUUAUUAAGUAUUAAUGAAGAAAAAUAUAUUUAUGCGUAUAGAUUUACUGCUCUGAUAGCAUCGCAAUGUUUAGCAGAAGUCGAAAUAAUAACAAAGCCCCGUCCAGGGGAAGAAUACGUAAGUCUUCAGAGUGCCACAGUAGGAGGAACACCCGUAAGAACACCACAUAACGCGGGACAAGCACGUAAACAAGAGGAUUUCGAGACAGCCCAUAAGAUUCCUCAUCACGAAGCAACUGCUCGAGAUGAUGAAGACGAAGACGACGUUAUCGAAGAGAAAAAAGCUGACAAAAUUGGAAAGAAAUUAUAUUCAAAGGCCGAUUCUAAUAACAAGAGCAAUCCACAAAGUUCAGGCCCAGCAUACCUUACGACUACUGCUUCUUCAGUAGGCGACAAUGUCGGAAGUAAAAUAAACUACGGACUCACCGCACUGGUAAAGGAAGAAGCUGAUACAUUUAGUCUCGAGACAUCACCAAGCGAACAGAAACAUCAUUCUCGAAUUCAAAUAAAAAAGGGACCUAACGGUCAAGACUAUGAGUACGAGUACGUUUAUUACUACUACGACGAAGACGAGCCGACAAAAACUGACCCUGUAGAUGAUUCGGAUAAGAAGCCUGUAAAUUCCGAAACUGAAAACAAUACCCUGCAGCAAGAAGCUAGUGCCAGCAAAACAAGAAACCGAUACAGCAGUAUAGAAAGAAACGCUCCUGCUUCAAAUGUUCAAGAACAGAAUGAAGUCAUACCAGAUGGUCGAUCUGGUGGUAGAUCGAGAAGCAGGCAAUCGGCUGAAGAGGAGAUAAGUGAAGAACGACUGCCAGUCAGUACCAGAUUUCCUCCACGGUCUCGACAAGUGACUACAACCACUUCAGCUCCAGCAGAUACAAGUUCUCCUUCAUCCGCAAGCACAGAAGAACGAGGCAGAAGUCCAGUACGCAGGCCAAGUCUGGAACUUGUUGACAGUGCGAGCUUCAAAACUCAUGCUGGUGAUGCUUCAGUAUCUCAGUACAGAGAUGCUGACAAUCAACAUAGCCGUGAAAAUGCUGGAGUUGAAAAAGAAACUGCAGAAAAUGAUAAAUUAAGUGCUUCUGCAACAUCCGAAACUAACGUCGAUCAAACAACUGAAGGAAUCUUAGAUGGAACAACGGAUCCAUCGUCCAUGGAUAAGGUUGCUCUUGAUUUAUACGCAUAUCUGGCAGGCGAAAACUUGAAUGCUAACAGUGAUUCAACAACUGAAAGUAACGAUUCUACUACUGAAGGUAAUGGUUCUGGCACAGAAUACACAACAUCAGACGAAGUCGAAAUUACUACAACAACGACAGAACCAACAACUACCACCACCGAGCCCACGACUACUACCACUGAACCAACAACAACUGCAUUGCCAGCAGGACGAAACAGGUUCCGUUUGCGAACAGGUGCGCGACCAGGUGGUAAAGUAACAACAACUACUACGACAACAGCAGCACCAGUGGAAGCCCCAAAAACAAAAAGCCGUUUCUCGCCAGCAGGACAACGUCCAGCCUUUGGACGCGGCAGAACAACAGCGAAACCACAUGCAGCAUCCGUCGAUGAACCACAGGCCACAGCCGAAGAAGCUAAAUCAGUCUCGCAUUCCAAACCUUCAAUAGGUCGCAACAGAUUUAACUUGCGAGGAAGAACAACAGCAGCUCCUAAUGCAGAAAAUGAAUCAGACAAGGAGGCAACUCCCAGUGCUGUUUCAUCUGGACCUAAACUUACAAGGCCUAGACCAGCGUUUAGCAUUAGAACCAGAGGAAGGCAAACACCAACGAGUACAACAACCGAUGAAGAAACGCAAACAGAUGAAAAGAAAGAAGGAAACCAAGAAGAUGUGCCAGUAACACCAAAAACAGUCAGAUCACGUUUGAAUGGGCGACCUACCCGACCAAAACCACUUAUCGGUGGAAAGAGCCGAUCUACCGCCACUCCUGAUUUGAAUAAAGAAGAAACAAUUGCUGAUAGUGAACAUGCAGCUUCUGAAGGCGAACCUGUGCCAGAAACCACAACUGCUUCAGGCCUCAGCAAACUGCGCCAACGACCACGUUUGCAGGUGACUGCCCAAAAACCAAAACCACCAGCAACAAAUCCAUUAAUCAAUAAUAGACGCUCAAAUCCGCUGAUUGCUCGGCGAAAAUCACCCAUCAAAGCAGCAGUAAAUGAAGAAAUUGCUGAAACCACAGAAACUUCAGCGGAAAACUCAGAGAAGCAGACCGAAACUGAAGUCGAAGCGAGCCCUGAAGAAACCACUGACGAAAAAAGUGAAAAACCCGAAGUGAGUAGCGAAACACCGAGAGGGUUAAAUGGACUUUUAGCAGGAAGAAGGAGAUUAGCAGGCCGAAAGCCCGGUACUAUAUAA